GCUUCCCCGUGCGCCCCGCGGGGUCGUGCGUUCCAGUCUUCAGGUUGGACUGGUGGGGGGCGGGGGAGACCAGGGCUUGCAUCCACCCAGAUCCUGGCAAAAAUAGCAGGGAGGGUGAGGCGCUCUGCUAACACUAUCAAUUAUGCAUCGUGUUGAACGUGGCUUCGGGGAGGAGGCUGCUAGUGGGGAGGGGAGUGCGGGAAGGAAGGGUCCGCGCGAGCCCGGCUGCGCGCAGCUCAGCGGGUCCCUACUCACUCCUGGUCUGUCUGUGCCACAGCCCGCAUUUGCAAAAAGAGUUUAAAGGCAAAGACACGCCCCCCCCCCUCAGUCGUGCCUCUUGCCUUCCCCCAAAUUCCUCAAAGAUGGUUUGUCUCACGUGUUGCGGGGCGUAAAAGCGGCUCGCGUUCAAUUAGCAGCGAAGCUCACCGGCCCUGGCGGGACCCGCGAGUGAGGCCAGCAACAGAUGUGGAAAGCGCCCUUGGGCAAUCGUCUGGGCGCCGAGACAUCAGUCUGGAGAAGGGGUUGCAGCCCGAGGGCAGCGCGCAGAGAGUCAGCAGCGGGAUCCGCGAUGGUGCGCCUGCGGGCUCUGUGGAUGGCCUGGGCUCUGCUAGGAGGGGCCGCAGCUUGCCCAGAGCCGUGCGCCUGCGUGGACAAGUAUGCACACCAGUUCGCCGACUGCGCCUACAAGGAGCUGCGCGAGGUGCCAGAAGGACUGCCGGCCAACGUGACCACGCUUAGUCUGUCGGCCAACAAGAUCACCGUGCUGCGGCGUGGGGCCUUCGCCGACGUCACGCAGGUCACGUCGCUGUGGCUGGCGCACAAUGAGGUGCGCACGGUGGAGCCGGGCGCGCUGGCGGUGCUGAGCCAGCUCAAGAACCUCGACCUAAGCCACAACCUCAUAUCCAGCUUCCCGUGGAGCGACCUCCGUAACCUGAGCGCGCUGCAGCUGCUCAAAAUGAACCACAACCGCUUGGGCUCGCUGCCCCGGGACGCACUGGGUGCGCUGCCCGACCUGCGCUCCCUGCGCAUCAACAACAACCGCCUUCGUACCCUGGCCCCUGGCACCUUCGACGCGCUAAGCGCGCUGUCACAUCUGCAACUCUAUCACAACCCCUUCCACUGCGGUUGCAGCCUUGUGUGGCUGCAGGCCUGGGCCGCAAGCACCAGGGUUUCGUUACCCGAGCCCGACUCCAUCGCGUGCGCCUCGCCUCCCGCGCUGCAGGGGGUGCCGGUGCACCGCCUGCCCGCCCUGUCCUGUGCACCACCCAGCGUGCGUCUAAGUGCUGAACCACCGCCUGAGGCACCGGACAGCCCCUGGCCCGCGGGCCUAGCGCUCCUGCUACACUGCUUCGCGGAAGGACAUCCCACGCCCCGCCUGCAAUGGCAACUUCAGAUCCCGGGUGGCACCGUGGUCUUAGAGCCUCCGGUCCAGAGCGGGGAGGACUAUGCGGAUGGGGCGGAAGACGGGGAGGAGGAAGGAGAUGGGGACGGGCCAACGCAGACGGAGGCCCCAAUCCCGACUCCAGCACCCGCUUGGCCCGCACCCCCAGCUAACCCACGCUUCCUGGCCCUCACAAACGGUUCCCUAUUGGUUCCGCUCCUGAGUGCCAAGGAAGCAGGUGUCUACACCUGCCGUGCCUACAAUGAGCUGGGUGCCAACUCCACGUCACUACGCGUGGCAGUGGCGGCUUCUGGGCCCCCAAAACACGCUCCUGGCUCUGGGGGAGACUCUGAUGGGCAGACCCCUACUUCUGAGCGCAAGUCCACAGCCAAAGGCCGGGGCAACAGCGUCCUACCCUCCAAACCCGAGGGCAAAAUCAAAGGCCCAGGCCUGGUCCGGGUUAGCAUCCUGGGCGAGACGGAGGCGGGGCCGGAGGAGGAGGAGGAGGCAGGUGAGGGAGAGGAGGCAGAAGACCAGGUCUCUGCAGAUCCGGUGGAGGAGCAACGCUGUGGCCACGGGGACCCCUCGCGGUACGUGUCCAACCACGCAUUCAAUCAGAGCGCAGAGCUCAAGCAGCACGUCUUUGAGCUGGGCGUCAUCGCGCUGGACGUGGCGGAGCGUGAGGCUCGGGUGCAGCUGACGCCGCUGGCGGCGCGCUGGGGGUCUGGGCCCAGCGGGGCUGGGGGAGCCGGGCAGCCGGGGCGGCGGCCGCUGCGCCUGCUCUACUUGUGCCCAGCGGGGGGCGGCGCAGCUGUACAGUGGUCGCGAGUGGAGGAGGGCGUCAACGCCUAUUGGUUCCGCGGCCUUCGGCCUGGCACCAACUACUCAGUGUGCCUGGCGCUGGCAGGCGAGGCCUGCCACGUGCAAGUGGUGUUUGCCACCAAGAAGGAGUUGCCCUCGCUGCUGGUUAUCGUGGCGGUGAGCGUGUUCCUCCUGGUGCUGGCCACCGUGCCCCUGCUGGGCGCCGCCUGCUGCCAUCUGCUGGCCAAACACCCGGGUAAGCCCUAUCGUCUUAUACUGCGGCCCCAGGCCCCUGACCCCAUGGAGAAACGCAUAGCCGCAGACUUUGACCCCCGUGCGUCCUACCUCGAGUCCGAGAAAAGCUACCCGGCAGGCGGUGAGGCAGACGUCGUGGAGCCCGAGGAGACUCCCGGGGAGGGCCUUGAUGAAGAUGCGGAGCAGGGGGACCCAGGUGGGGACCUGCAGAGGGAGGAGAGCCUGGCGGCCUGCUCGCUGGUGGAGUCCCAGUCCAAGGCCAACCAAGAGGAGUUCGAGGCGGGCUCUGAAUACAGUGAUCGGCUGCCCCUGGGCGCCGAGGCGGUCAACAUCGCCCAGGAGAUUAAUGGCAACUACAGGCAGACGGCAGGCUGAACCCCCAGCCUGACUGGCCCGCCCAUUCCCAUCCCCCACCUUGGGUACCUGGGAGCUGAAGCCUAGGGCUGGCAGGACGUAAUCCUCCCCACCCCCCACCCGCAACCUUCACUUACUCCGCCCCUUUACCAGACCCAACCUUCACUACUGGGGACUUCUAGUGGGGAGUGGGCGACUUCAGCAGUCCCAGGCCACCCACUACUGUCAUUGUCCUUGUGGGUUCAGUUCCAUUACCACCGCAAGCACGGUUACUAGCUCUACCCACGGACUGUGAAGCGAAAUCCACACCUCUCCAUUCCCACCGCAAUUGUUAUCUGCGAAAUCUGCUCUGCAGCCUGCCCCACCGUGGGCUCUGGAACCAGAGGAAACGGGAGAAGACGUUGGGAACAUCCGGUGGUAACGCUGUGGCAGGGAGUCAUUCUGGGACCCUCAGCAGAUGUCCCUUUCGUGGACCGCUGUAGGGUCCUGCCUGGACCCCUACUCCGCCCUUUCCGGGGUGCACGUCCCAGAAGUCAGGACUCCGUAGCAACUCCCUAGUUUUAGUUUCAAAGCCCCCUUCUGACUCGGAAACAAACCUGUCUGUUCCCCCCCCCCCCAAUCCGCUUCUGAUCAGCUGGAGCCAAGCCCGGUGCCUGGGGCGCCUUUCAGCUGCGCACUCUGAUUUUCAUAUUUUCGUUUUUUGUUUUUUUCCAAAGGACAACGACACUCCGGGUCUGGUGCUAACACUCCCUUCCCAGCCUCUGGGAAAAUUGGGUGUGUGUGAGAGGAGGGGGGGCGGGAAAUCCGUUUUCUCUCUUCCUCUCUGCUAACUUAAGCGCCGCGGAACCGCCCUCCCUUUUAAUGAGGAGAGUGUGGGCUUGGUCCCGGGUGAAUUUCGUUGUGGGUGAGUUGGGGGUUUCGGAGAUCCAAGCACUCGACAGCUCCGCUUCCGCUGCUGCACGUGGCCCAGACCUCUGUUCGACGAGGCGGGGGCAGGGGUGGGGGAGUGUGACAAAGGAAGCCCACUGCGGCCUCCUGGACGCGGUCUGUCUUAAGCGCUUGCACCCUGUUUCGCACAAAGCUGGCGUGUGACAGCGCAGCGGGAUCCGGAUGGAGAAAAGCCCCUAGGUCCUCCAGUCUCCCCGCCCCGCCCCUCCUUCCACAGGAACAGUUUUUGCCUGGCGUAUAGUCCUAGACGAGCGUGCUCUGUAGGAGAAGUCUGUGUUCUGUAAAGUGUGACCGUGUAGUGUAGGGGGGCGGGCGGGCAGGCAGGUGGGCGGAGAGGGAGGGGAUGGGAGGGUGGACACGGCGCGGCGACUGGGGCGGGGGGUACUUUUUUCGUUCUUGAAGGAACGCGUCGGGAUUGGGUUUGGGGGGUUCGGGCGUCGAGACCGCCCCUGUCCACGAAGCGCAGCACAAGUGCGGCCCGGGGCGGAGUAGCCCCCCUGGAGCCCGCGCCCUUUUCUAAAGGCGUCUGUAUGUAAACAGUCAAUAAAAC